AUGAACGGUGACGAGUACGAGCGCGCAGCCGAGGCUGAGGCAGAAGUACUACAAAUGAUCCGUGAAAUGGAGCAUCCACACCUCAUUAAGGCGAUCGCUUACUACAAAAGGGGCGAUAGAUACUUCAUUGUUUUCCCGUGGGCCGGAGGUGGCAACCUCCGAGACUACUGGGGAAGAGAGCCUCCUCGUAACCUCGAUGGAGAUUUUGUUGGCUGGGCUCUUGGUCAGCUCUGUGGCCUGGCUAGUGCGAUGAAGAAGCUCCAUUCAGCAAAGGACUCCGCAUGUCGGCACGGGGACCUGAAGCCAGAGAACAUCCUUUGCUUCGAAGACACGAGGAGCUCUGACCCGUUUUCUCAGCCAUUUCUCGUCAUUGCGGAUGUUGGUCUGGCCAAAGUUCACACCUUAGCGACUGAGAUGCGCAACGAAGCUACGCGCACAUUGAACGGGACGGUCAUGUACGAGCCACCUGAAGCUGUACUGCUGCUAACUAAGAAACAACCACGAUCACGGCGGUAUGAUGUUUGGUCCAUCGGCUGUAUCUAUUUCGAGUUUCUGAUUUGGCUUUUAUAUGGAAAGGCCGAAUUGAACUCGGCAAUUCUUCGAUGUACUUGGAUCUGGAGUGACUGGGGCGGCCAAGAUCAAACCCGAAGUUCAGAAGUGGAUGGACUGGAUCAGAAGGGACCCAAGGUGCCCAUUGAAUACUGCCAUCCGAAAGCUACUGGAGCUCAUUUGCACACGAUUGCUAGUGAUAGAGAGUCAUCUGGAAGCGCCAGUACCCAAGGCGGCACCACCCUACAUGCGACCAAUGGCCCAGAUAACCCGAGCAUUAUUCGAUCGGACACCAACAGCAGCUUUAACGGCAAUCUCGCCGACGACCUUUAUUACCGAGCGACUUCCAUCGAAAUGCACGAAACUCUGGCUGGCAUCCUAAAAGACGCUUCGGGCACAAAGCCAAAGAUUGCGUGGAUGAAUUGGCAGGCCAGAUCUCCAGGAGGGCCCGGACGAUAUGGAGACACCUUGGGUGUUUCUCAAUCAGGUAUAAGGGGUCGCCACGGCGUUAAUUCAUGA